UUGGGUCAAGUCACAUUGUGAAUACAAUUUGUUUAUCUUUUUGUAUACAAUUUUUUUGCUCUUUCUCUCGUUUUUUUUAUAAUUAAUUUAAUUAAUUAACUAAUAACCUUCCUGUUGAUUGGAUGGUGAAUAAGUGAUAACUGUUAUGACGACUCCAAUUUUGAAUCAAUCUAAGUCUGACAACAAUGGUGACCAGAAACAAAAGUACCGAAGCUUAAAGAAAAGACUUAAGGUUUUGAUUUAUGAAAAUGAGUGUUUUCAAGAAGAACUGAGAAAAUGUCAAAAGGAACUGAUUGCUAUCAAAUGUGAUGAAUAUUUUCUACUGGAUAAAUUAUUGAAAUAUGAAGAUAUUCAAUCAACUUCUUCCUCUGACUCAGAUGCUACAGAUUACUCAGAAUCUGAGAUUGAUGUUAAACCCUUGAAGCCAAAGUCUACAGCCAAAAGAUUAAAGACAAAUAAUGGAAGUAUCUCUCAAAACACUGAAUCUACUCCAUCGCCUGGUGGCCCCUUGAAACGCAAGAAAACCAAAAGUAAAGGAACAAUUCCCAUUGCAUCGCAAAAAUCGUUGAUUACUUAUGGAGCUUCUCAUCGUAAUAAAGAUGGAAUCAGUCGUGGUAAGAAAGCCAAUGAAAGCGAAUCAACUUCAUCAACAUCUUCCACUGUUACUCCAGAAACACCUAUGGUUGUUACACAAAUGAUUCCAACAACCACCCAAACUGUUACAGGUCCAUCAUCAUCCUCCUCAUCAUCAUCAUCAGGAUUUUUGAAUAUCAAUUCAUUGGUACCAAAUUUGUCUGUUCCCGUCUCCAUAGGCAAUAGUUUUUACAUUGCCACCACUCCAUCUACUCCAUGUACCACAGUACCAACUAAAUCAUCCGCUACAUGUAAUCAAUCAUCUCUACUUAUGGCAGAAUCGAUAACAUCUUCAACAACCGGACCAACAGCAAGUCUUUUAAGGCCAAACUUAAAAGUAACUACAACACCAUCAUCGUCAAUUUCAUCUACAACAGCAAAUUCAAUGCUCAAAUUUGCACCAUUAAUUCAAACAACCAAAUUACCAUCAAUUUUAUCUGCAUCUAAGUCAUCAGGAUUAUCUUUAUCUGUACCAUUGAAACCUUCAUCUUCACCAAUGUCAACUGGUAAUUUAAAAUUUUCCACAAAAUCAGCAACAGCUACAAAACUAUCCACACCAACGUCAUCAUUACACACACAACAACAACAACAACAACAACCACUACCAUCAUUAUCAUUAUCAUCGCCAUCAUCAUCAACAGUAUCAACCUCUACAACAAUACCAGUUUCAACUGGGACAAUUAGUACAAUACCAUUCACUUGUAAACUGGAAUCAAAAUCAAUAAGUCAAACAAGUAAAUCGACAAACCAAUUAACCGAAUCUACUAAAACAGUUGUAGCCACCAAACCAACGAUGUCACCAAUGGUAACCUGUAAAACAGAAUCAAUGCCUUUAAUCCGCACAGCUAAAAUCCCAUCUAUUUUAUUAAUCUCCUCGACAUCGGCAUCUUCAUCUUUACCAUCGACAUUAACUGUAGCUAAAACAGCAAAUUCCAAGACAACAACUUCAACAUUUACGCUUCAAACGGAAUCAAAAUCUUCGAUACGAACGUCAAAUAAAACUCCAUCCAUUUUACUCGCAUCCAAGAUUUCGGGAUCAUCCUCAUCUUCAUCCUCAUCUUCAUUGUCUCUACCAAUAUCAUCUUCUUUCUCAACCAUUACAACCUUAGCUCCAACAACAACAAAGGUUUCUUCAUCUUUAUCAUCAACAACAUCAACCACGACUACACCAAAAUCUGAAUCAAAUUUAACUUCAGGCUGGUAUUUAUUGACCCAACCAAUAAACACUUCUGAAAGUCCAUCCAUUUUAUCAACACAAGAGGCUACAAACGGAGGUCAUUUUACACUUGAAGAGAUUGAGAGACACUUUGAAUCACGACCAAUUCAAUCAUCACUUUUAUUACCUGAGAAAACACCAUUAACUUUACCAAGUGAAUUAUUUAGUAAUGAUUAACUUAAUCAACAAUCAAUCUCUUUUUCUUUGUUUAUCUCUCUUUCUCUCUCUCUCUCUCUCUCUCUCUUUUCUCACUCAUAAAGGACAAGACGGAAAAAAUCUAUUUGUAAUUGUAAAAGCUACAUUUAUUAUCGUGUAAAACUUAUAGUAAAUAUGUGAUAUAUUAAUUAUUCGUCUUUCAAUUUCUAUAUUCUAUCAAUAAAAACAAAAUUAAUUAAAACGAA